AAAGAGAUCACUGGGACCGUUACUGCGGCAUCUCUUCAAAUGAAAACAACAAAUUGCAAAACAAAACCAUCGUGAAAUAGCUGGCCUUGCAUUCUUUAAUAAUACAUUUUCAAAAUGACAGUCUAGAUUUUAUUAAAAUCAACUUUGGAUAUUGUAGAUUUUCUUGAUAUAUAGUGAAGUAUAUAUAUAUAUAUUAUUUAGAUCGAAAAUUAAAAAUUUUUAUAAAUUAACUUAUACAAAUCGAAAAUUCCAACUUUUAAAAUUAAUUUUAAGAUCUGCUUUAUUAAAACAACCAAGAUAAUCUAGUCGUUUAAUUAUCUAGUAUACAAGAGUUAUAUCUGUACUUUGAACUAUACUGUGCUAUGCAUCGGCGGAACACAAGAAACGAAACUUUGGAAAAGCCAUCAAGAAAUGAACCAUCUUCAAGGGAUAAAAGUAAUAAUGAAAAUGAAAUUCGAAAUUCAGCUUACAGGCGCUUUUGUGAACGCAUUUCUUUCAUGAAAUACAUUUUUAUCAUUCUGAUCAUUCCUCCUAUUUUAAAUUAUGCUUCAUUAAAAAGAGAGAGUUCUGUUCUUCUUCCUGCAGAAGGGGAACAAAUUGACAUGGGAUGGGGACAAAAGAUGUUUAUCAGCUGUAUUGGCAAAGGUGUUCCUACAAUUAUUUUGGAUGCUCCAACUGGAGGUACUUCUGAUGUUUGGUAUUUAGUUCAACAACAGUUAUCGAAAAUCUCAAAAGUUUGUGUUUAUGAUCGAGCUGGACUAGGAUUCAGUGAUCUACCUUUUGUAAAUGAAAUAAAUAGAAAUCAAAAAACAGAGAAUAGAAAAUUUGUAUCUCAGGUUGCUACCUUGGAGCAAAUGACAUGCGAUUUGCAUCAUCUAGUCACAGUUGCCAGACCUAUUGAUCGACCUUUUAUUAUGGUUGGUUCAGAAACUGGGGCACUCAUUGCUAGGCAUUAUAGCCUCACGUAUCCAGGAGAUGUGUCAGAUAUUAUUCUACUUAAUCCUUUGGUAGAAGAUUUAUUUUGGAGACAAAAAGAGGAUUGGAAUAAUUAUUGGAAUAUGCAUUUAUUGCCUUCUUUACAGUCUCUCCAGCUAUCUGCUUAUGUUGGAAUAUCACGUAUUGCUGCACUUUUAGGCUGGUUGAAACCUGAUGUGUAUGGUGGGUCAGUACCCAAAGAAGUUGAACUUAGGCAACUGUCUCAUUUGUGCAACCCUAGUCACAUGAGUGCUGUAUUUCAUGAGCAUUUGCUAUUAAACACAAGUUUUGUACAAAUGAAUGAAGUAUGGCAAACAAAACCUUUUCCCACUAAUAUAUCAGUGUCUGUAAUAAACAGCAGGCAAUUUGAAAAAAUACCUUCUCAUCUGCAAAAGGCAUGGCAGCAGUCUCAGCUGUACUUGCGACAGAGUCUUCAUCCCACUGCUUCAUAUUAUAUCACAGAUGGAACUGCAGGCCAAUUGUAUAAUGAGCCUGUAACAAUUUGCUCCAAAGUGCAGAAAUUGGUUUAUGAUUGGCGACUUAAAUUUGAGACUUAUCCUACGGUUCAUACAUUUCGGGAACAUGAUACACUCUUUGAAUAAAAAUUAUUAAUUGUGUCUACUUA